UUUCAACAGAACCAUAUCUCAGGACCCGUUCUCUUUGCUCGAAUACGCUAUAGUCAGUCAUCAUGAGUAAACACAAACUCGACGACUCCGCGGCUCAAGUAGCCAAACAGGACAAGAAACGAAGGAAGAAGGAUAGAAAAGAAGCCCUUCGCCUGGAGGAUAUCACUCCAAGUUCCACAGAUGUUACAGCAGAGUCUACACCGGCUCCAGAAGAUGAUACCGACGGAGCGACAUACAGGCCAAACCCUGCCCUCGGUUCCCUUCCUCAGUCGGAAGUCGACAACUUUUUCACGUCGCAGUCCGUCAAGACCGAUGAUCCUCAGAGCAGCAACCAAAGACCUAUUCUCUCCUUCUCACACCUUCCUGCCGAAUUGAGCAGCCAAUUUUCGAGCGUGUUCUCAUCCUUUGAGAAGCCUUCAUCUAUCCAAUCAGCCGCUUGGCCGUUCCUUUUGUCGGGAAGAGACCUCGUAGGCGUGGCGGAAACGGGAAGUGGCAAAACUAUCGCCUUCGGUCUGCCUCUUGUUGUCCGCCUUUCGGCGUUGAAAAAGAAGAAGGGAAUAAGAGCAGUAAUCGUCGCACCAACACGAGAGUUGGCCAUUCAAGUGUACGAACAGAUUGACAAGCUGUGCAAAACAGCCCACAAGUUAAAACCUGUUUGUGUGUACGGUGGAACAAACAAGGAUGAACAGAGGCGGACACUCCAGGGCGCCAACAUUGUUGUAGCUACGCCUGGCAGACUGAAGGACUUCAUGUCCGACGGUACGGUAGAUGUGUCGAAAUGCCGCUAUUUGGUUCUUGACGAAGCCGACCGCAUGCUCGACAAAGGUUUCGAGGACGAUAUCAAGCACAUCAUCUCACAUAUGCCCUCCUCCAGCAAGCGACAGACAGCCAUGUUCACAGCCACAUGGCCAAAGUCAAUCCGCGAGUUGGCUGCGACAUUCAUGAAACAGCCUGUAAAGAUCACGAUUGGCCGGGACGACACCGAUGACUCUGGUGAACUCCGCGCAAAUGCGAGGAUCGUACAAAAGGUCGAAGUCAUGGACGGGGCUCUCAAACAGCAGCGCCUGUUACAAUUAUUGAAAGAGCACACCGCUGGCAAAAAGCGCAACGAUCGCAUUCUCGUCUUUUGCUUGUACAAGAAGGAGGCCCUGCGGAUCGAAAAUUUCAUUCGCGGACGAGGUUUCAACGUUGCCGGCAUUCAUGGCGACAUGUCUCAGUCCGCUCGCAUUGCUAGUUUGGAGUCCUUCAAGUCUGGCUCUGUCAGCCUGCUAGUGGCCACAGACGUUGCCGCGAGAGGGCUGGAUAUUCCCGAGGUCAAGGUCGUGAUCAACGUGACCUUCCCCCUGACUGCUGAAGACUACGUCCACAGAAUUGGCCGAACCGGUCGGGCUGGUAAGGACGGCCUGGCCAUCACCAUGUUCACUGAACAGGACAAGCCUCUUGCAGGAGCAUUGGUCAAUGUUUUGAAAGCAGCGAAGCAAGAUGUUCCCGAGGAUCUGUUGAAAUUUGGGACGACGGUGAAGAAGAAGCAACACGAUUCGUACGGUGCUUUCUAUCGAGAAGCCGAGGAUGGUAAGACUGCCACCAAGAUCACCUUUGACGACUGAUACGUGUUUUUGAAUCAUUUGAUUUUCGCUGCAUGACUUGGUGUUGGAGCUUGGGCCGGUGCUUGACCUUUUGAUCGAUCUGUAGUCAUACCUGGUAUUUUUCCAGCAAGGCGUUGUGGUAUGAUUGACUCGACAAGUUGCAGUAAGAAUGCCCGUUCGGCCAAAAUUCUACAAUCAAAAGUUAGAUUCCAUCUAGACGGAGAAUGAAUAGACGAAAUCAGAAUAGAGUGACUCACAUAGUCGAUCCCAG